GUUUUUUGACAGAACGUUGAUUAGGGCGCUUCGCACCAUUUUUUUCUAAUCAUCGUGCGACGCUAGUUUUUAAAAAUCACCAGUGAUUAUCGGGGUUUUCCUCACCUACGACAUAUUCCAUUUUGCUUUUUAUUGACGACCGAAAAACCCAGAAAAUGGCGAAAAAAGUGAAUAAAAAGAAGGUUUUUCGGUCACCCAAGCCGAUCAAAAUUGCCGCUCUCGUCGUUUCGGCUAUCCAGGAUCUUAAAGAUAGCAAAGGUUCUACACCGAAGAAAAUUACGGGAUAUAUUACCUAUGCCUCCCAGCUUCCAACCACAAAAGUCAGACGACGAGUUAAUGCAGCUUUAAAGCAAGGAGUGCAGUACGGAAUUUUGCGAAGGUAUCGAGGCCACUACUUCCUACCAUUUGGAGACGAACUAGACAGAGCGAAUAAAAUCGCAACAAGGUUUGCGAGGCUAGCGAGUUCAAAUCGAAAUGGCCCACUCCCAGAUAUGGCAAAAAUUGCUCCUGAAAAAGAAAUAACUUUGAAGAUUAAAGGAAAAAAAGUAAGACGAGCUAAUCGAACAAAGAGACUUCGAAAACCUGCAAGGAGGGGUGCCAACAAGAAGAAAAGAAUGAAGGCUCAUUCAGUUCCGGUCUCCACUAGUCCCAGUUUAAACAACAAAUUAAAAUCCAUUGACGAUGAAAAUUCUGUUGAGAGCGACAAUUGAAAUUAAAUUUUAUCUGAUGUCCAUUUCUCAGUAUUUUUGGUCGUUUUCAAACUUUCUAAAAUUUAUUUAGUUUUGUCAGAAUUUUGAAAAUUCUUCGUGUAAUGUCAAAGUGAA